AUGGUGGAAACUAUCUUAAGUGCUGUUGUGGAGGUUGUCAAGUGCUUGGCUGCUCCGAUGGGGCGACAAUUUAUGUACUUGUACAAAUACAACACCAACUUUAGCAAUCUCCAAAAAGAUGUUGAGGAGAUGAAGCUUGCAAAAGACAAAGUUCAGCGUAAGGUUGAUGCUGCUGAAAGAAAUCUGGAAAAGAUUGAAGAGACCGUGAAGAAGUGGCAGAACGAAGUGGAUUCCAAAAUUGAUGAAGCAGAGAAGUUGAUUCAAGCAAAAGAAAACAACCCGCGAUGUUUCAAGGGAUUGUGCCCCAACUGGAUCACCCGCUACAAACAUGGCAAGAAAGCAUUCAAGUUAAAGGAGAAUGGUAUCAGUCAACUCCUAGAUAAGAAUAAUUUUCCAUUCCUACGGCUAGAAGAUGAAGUUGCCCAUCCUACUAUUUCUCAGGAGAUAUGGCUUAGAUCUACCAAAGAUUAUGUGGCUUUGGAAUCAAGAACUUCCACUGAGAAGAAUGUUUGGGAUGCAUUGAACGAUGAGAGUAUCUACAUGAUCGGUGUUUAUGGGAUGGGAGGUCUCGGCAAGACCACGCUUGUGCAGGGAGUUGGUAGGAAAGCCAUGGAAGAACAACUCUUUGAUGAGGUGGUUUUGAUAGAAAUAAGGCAAAUAAGUUAUAUGAAAGAUUGA